AUGGAGGGCGGCCCGGAGCAGUUCCAUCAGGGCAAGGCACUAGAAGAGGCAGGAAAUGGGCAGGCCUUGGCAGAAAUCCAGGAGCUGGCUCUGAAGUGGUUCAUGGAGACACAGGCCCCCUCUAUCCUACAGAAUGGAGCUCUGCCCCCCUGGUUCCAUGGAUUCAUCACUCGCAAGCAGACAGAGCAGCUACUCAGGGACAAAGCUCUUGGUUCCUUCCUCAUCCGCCUCAGUGACCGGGCUGCCGGCUACAUCUUAUCUUACAGGGGUAGUGAUCGCUGCCGCCAUUUUGUCAUCAACCAGCUGCGAAAUCGACGUUACCUUGUCUCAGGAGACACCCUCAGCCACAGCACCCUGGAUGAGCUCCUACGCCAUUACCAGGAGGUGCAGCUUGAGCCUUUUGGAGAGACCCUUGCUGCUGCUUGCCCACGGCUCGAGGAAAAUGAUCUAUACGACGCCAUCAACACGGGCCUCCAGCAGACUAAUCUAGGCCUGGAAAUUCCAGCUAUGGAACUUCCCAGCAUGCUCCCUGACAAAGUUACCGGCCCCUGCCUUCCUGCAAAGCCCCAGGUCUCCUUCCUGCACACCAAGAAAGCCCUAGAUGCGAGUUCCAGAACUGGCUCGAAUGAGGAGAGUGCAGAGGUACCCACUAGAGUGCCCCCCAUCCCCCAGAAGAGUUCCUCUCUUCUGGGUGACUCUUCUGCAGGCCCCAGUGGCAUCGUCUACUCAGAACUGAAGAAGAUGAACCGGGCACAGCUAGGCCCGGGUGCAGAGGUAUGGGGCAGGCACAGGCCAGCUCCUGCUGGCAACUUGGCUUCAUCCCCAGGCAGGGAGCCCUCAAGGAAACUCUCAGAUGAAGAUCAAAACAAGCCCAAUAACCCAGGACCUGCCCCCUCUGGGGAGAAGCCAGACCAAGGCUCCACAAUGCCUUAUACUUCCUUAGGAUUUCCCCUGCCUCCCAAUUCUGAGGCCCAAGGAUCUCGGGCUACUACUUGGAGGCAGGGCUUUCUAAAGCUGAGCCACGAGGCACAGUCCUCCUCUGAAGCCAGCUCUGCAGACACCUACCAGCUUGCUGAGACAUCAGGCCUACGACAAGAGGGUAGGGACAAACCAGACCAAAGAGGCAGUACUUACGAGCAGAUUCCGUCCUGCUGGCAUAGCGCCGCCAAGCUCCCAUACCCUGGAGUUAGUCCAACAUACAGCCAACUAUCAGAGCCAAUGGACUAUGGCUAUGAGAAGAUUCCAGGGACCCCGCAGCUUCCAGAGCCAGGGAACACCUAUGAGCAAAUCCCAGCUGCCAAGAACAAGGACACUGGACGAGUGCACAAGCCUGACAAGUUCCGGAGGCUCUUCUUCACAGACAAGAAGCAUAAAUCCUGAGGAAAGGCCUGGCAUUCAGAGGGUUUGGUGGUAGCCACACUGCACCAGGGAUUACUGGAUACCCUCAGCUCAUUGGCUAUGGAACCAGGCUCCAAGAUGCAGCCCGGGUACCUAUCCAGGAAGGCCUGGGAGAGACCUUGCGGCAGCCUGCAACUCCUGGAUGUCUCUUCAAUGCUGUCCAUCCACAUAAGGAAGGGAUAAGGCCAGUAAGAGUGGGAACUAACUGAAGGAAGGGUUGGAUGAACAUGGGAAGGCCUGGGCUGAUCGAUCAAGCUGGCUUCAUGCCUCAGAUGCUUAACAAGUAUGGAGCAGGCCCCUGUCCAAGACAGACACUUUCCUGACGGGCUAAAUGACAUCAUGCUAUUACUUCUGAGAACGAAAGCAGUUCCCUUCCUCACAGCCUUGCCAGGAGGAGAUGGCUGGGAGCCACAUCCUCUGCACCCAUCCCAGAAGGAUUCGAUCCAGAAGCUUGGGAUACAGCAGCCCAGGUCCAACCUCAGAAGCCAUGGUUCUAACCCAAUAUCAGGCUGGGCUCCUGGGAACUGACCCCAGCCGUUCCUUCCCCACUCCACCAUCCUUACCCUAGAUUCACUGUGCAAACUCCUAGCUUUUGCUACAGAAACCUGUUUGAAGACAUAGCUAGUGAGGCUCUGAACAGAGACCCCCUCAAUAAGGCAAGCUUAACCUUGGGAUGUACUGCUAGGUAGCAUCUGGUAGCCAGUUAGGGGACAUCUGAUGCCAUGCUGAUGUGAGCAGCUCACCCCUACCUGCCCUCUGUCUCCGGCCAGUCCUGACCUUUGGAGCAACUCAGAUUUCUCCCAUGCAACCUACCAUGAACCUGGUGGCUUCACCUCCAGGGACUUCUGGGAGUAGGGCUCUGCUCAGUCACCAGGUCGGGACUAGAAAAGCUCAAGCUGUUCCCUUGGCCAAGCUGGCUCUUCCGGGGAUUGUCCUGUUUUAUACUGCUCCCCUUUACCCAUGUGUCCCCAAACCCAUAGGGUCAGCAACUGCUCUGUUGCCUUCUCUCUACCUUAUCUUUACAAGCAGGAGGCAGGAACCAAGACCACAGUCCCCUCCCCACCUGCCUUCACCCUGGCCCUGGGCAGAACUGGCUCAGUGCGCACUGGGGAAAGCCACUCCUUGGUAGAUUAUUUGGUUAAUGUGCUUGUCCCUCUGAACUCUAGAAGUCCCUAUCUACUAGGGGUGCUGGUGAAAGGUUUAAGAAUAGCAGGAAAACCCCGAGCCUAAUAAUGGUGAGCUCCCUGCUGGUAGACAAAUCUAUUACUAGGGAAAUGGAAACAACCCUCACCCAACAUCCAGAAGCCAACAUUAGCAACUGACACUGAUGCCGACCCUUCCUCUGAGGCGCCAGGGACUGCCUAAAAGAGUGUCACCGAACGUUCCUGACGCUGACAGACACGGAGAGUGCAGGACACAAAAAUGCUUUAUUUCUAGGAAUUCACAAAUCUGAGGUCAGCACACAUCAGUGAUACCAUGUCAUCGGGGAUGGGGUGGGGUGGGGUGGAGUAGUGUUCGUGACACGGGGGCAGAGCCCUUUGGACCUAACUGCGUAUACAACUUCACAUUGGGAAAGCAUGGGGUUGGAGGUGGGUACAGCCCAGCCUUGGCUUUGGUAAAAGAUUGCAUAGAA